AUGUCAACAACCGAGAACACAACAACAGUUAUAGUCCAUGAAGCUAUAAAUGAAGAAUAUGAAUGGAUACAAUAUAACAAACAAUUGCGUCUAAUUCAUUCGGUCAAAGACGAUAUGUACCAAAUGCAAAGUAUUUUGACUGCAUGUUUUGCUCCAGACACUAAACACGCAGACGAUUGGUUCAAAAACCAAAGCACACAAGAACUUUUGAGUGAAAUUUCUCUAGACCGAGAAUUCUCGGUCUUGCAUAAAACACAUGAAAAUCGUAAAAAUUUGCCAAUAAAUUUAAGAGGAUAUUAUGUACAUAGACUAUUAGUAAAUGCAGUUGCAAUGUGGGCUUCUCCUCGUUAUGCAAUCUACAUACUUAUGCUACUUGACGAACUUUGUACAAAGCAGAGAGAAGAUAUGAUGAAAGAAGACAAAAGCAUACAGAAAAGAAUACCACGUUCGGUACCAAAAGGAAAGGAAAAGAACUAUAAGUAUAUGAUAUAUACUGAAGAGUUGGAGAAAGAAGAAGACAGAGAUAUGGUUAUGUUGCAUUUAGUCAGAAGAAACAACAAAAGCUUUUACGACCUUGCUAAGAUUUACAAAUCUGACAGAAAUUGGUUCUAUCGCGAAAACUUACCGAUUUCAAUGACUCCAAAUGAAGAUGUGAAACAAAUAGUUCAAGAUACUUUACCUCAAACACACUAUGAUAUUAAAGGUUGUACAAUUUUUACCUUCAAAGAAGAUUUGCCAUUGUUAAAGGAAAAAAUAACAGAGUAUUUUGACAACUUCAAACAAGUAGGGUAA